UGAAACAGGUCUAGUUGGUCUGAGUAGCUCUAAGAAACCACAGAGUCAGUGAGUGGCAGUCAGAAAGCGUCUGUUUUUUGUUUUCUGAGUGUAGCUCUUUCUGUUGUCAACAGGAAUAAAAGUCAAUAUGCCUAAAAAGAAGAAUAAAGGUAAAUCUAAGAAGCCCACAUCGAGUUUCACUCAGAUGGAUUCAUCUUACAAGGAAAAACUGGAAGAGGCAGGACUCAUUUUGAAACAAAAGGAAGAUGAACUGAGCUCAGUCAAAGUCAGGUUGACUGAGAUGGAGACAUGGUACAAAGGGAGGCUUGGUGAGGCAGAUGCUGCUCUGAAACAAAAAGAAGAUGAACUCAACUCAACUAGAAGCAGUUUCACUCAGAUGGAUUCAUUUUACAAAGAAAAACUGGAAGAGGCAGGGCUCACUUUGAAACAAAAGGAAGAUGAACUGAGCUCAGUCAAAGUCAGGUUGACUGAGAUGGAGACAUGGUACAAAGGGAGGCUUGGUGAGGCAGAAGCUGCUCUGAAACAAAAAGAAGAUGAACUCAACUCAACUAGAAGCAGUUUCACUCAGAUGGAUUCAUUUUACAAAGAAAAACUGGAAGAGGCAGGACUCACUUUGAAACAAAAGGAAGAUGAACUGAGCUCAGUCAAAGUCAGGUUGACUGAGAUGGAGACAUGGUACAAAGGGAGGCUUGGUGAGGCAGAUGCUGCUCUGAAACAAAAUGAAGAUGAACUCAACUCAACUAGAAGCAGUUUCACCCAAAUGGAUUCAUUCUACAAAGAAAAACUGGAAGAGGCAGGACUCAUUUUGAAACAAAAGGAAGAUGAACUGAGCUCAGUCAAAGUCAGGUUGACUGAGAUGGAGACAUGGUACAAAGGGAGGCUUGGUGAGGCAGAAGCUGCUCUGAAACAAAAGGAUAAUGAGCUGAACUCAGUCAAACAGAGAUUGACUGGAAUGGAAAAAAGGAUGACCAGCAGACUCACUGUUUCCAGUUGGACUGAGGACAAAACAAUGACUGUCCAAUCAGCAAACAAAGGAGCUGCUGGGAUUGAGACAUUGUACAGAUUUAAACCUUAUGAUACAAGUGUUGCUGAGAUUGAGAUAUUUUACAAACGGAAAUUGGAUGAAGUGAGUGCUGCUCUAAAACGAAAAGAUAAAGAAUUGAAAUCCUUUAAAGACAGAUUGGCAGCCCAGCUCACUGUUUCAAGAGAAAACACAACAUCCUACAAGAUGGAAGCAUCCCUUAAAGAGCAGCUUCAUAAGGCCACAGUUGCUCAGAAACAAAAAGACAGAGAGCUAAAGUCGAUUAAAGACAGACUGGCAUCCAUGUCAUAUUUAUUUAAAUCUGGAGACACUGAGAGCAUGAACAACCCGGCCAGUAAAACCAGACUGACUGAGAUGUACGACAACCUGAAACUGCUGCAGUGGCCAAAAGUCAAAGAUCAGCUGAAGUCCAGAAACAUCCAAUCAAAGGUUGUUGAAGGUUUGAUUCAGGAAACCUUUAGGACUGCAGCAGGUGAAGCAAACAAAAGGAAGCAGCAGAUUGAAGAGGCGUUUGGACUCAGUGAAUAUGGCAGUGGACUGACUGCACAGAAGGUUAAAGAGUACAGACAGCUGACAGUUCAGAACCUGCAGAUGGCGCUGUUCCACACCAACAAAGAAAAACUUCUGAAGCCUGGUUUCCCUGAAUUUGGAGGUCCGUACUCAGAGGAAGUGAAAGAGGAUCUGAGGCCUCUGAUAUCUGAAUGCUACUGGCUGAGCUGCUUGAUGGCUUUAAACAAUCCUCCUCUUCAGCCAGACUGGAAGAACCUCAUUCCUUCGAUGGAUCCUUGGGACAUUUUCCCUCGAAACAUUACAUCUGCUUCUGUUAUGUAGAGGAAAAGUAGUUUUGCAGCACAGCAUAGUUGGUGUAGUUUGGGUAUGCUGGUAAUUCCUCUUUUUUUCUGAUUUAAUUUCAGUGGUAUUAAAAAAUCAUGAAGCCAUUCCAUGCUUGUUUUCAAUAUGCUUCACCAGUUUAUUUAGAGCUAAUAAUAGGGCCAGACAGGGAGGCUGAACACUGUUGAGUAAAGUUUCAACAGUCUAAAGCCACAUGUCUGCAUGAAAAUACUUUGAAUUUGUCUGAUGUAAUGUUAUAAUCUGGAUUGACAUAAAAAUAAAAUUGUGAAAAUUG